CUCUGCAAUCCGAUACCUAAAACCAUUAUCUCUAGAGCUACGACACAUCUCUUUCAAUAUAUAGAGAACCAUGAACGUUACUAUUCUAACCACGGCUGUACUCUCUAUUAUGAUAUUACUAUACGGCGUCGUCUCAUGGCUCCACCGCCGCCGUCUGCCUUACCCUCCUGGUCCGGCGGGACUUCCCAUUGUCGGAAACUUCAACAUACUUGACAAGAUGACCCAUCGCGGCUUGGCUGAGCUGUCCGAGCGGUUCGGUGGUCUCUUCCAUGUCCGUGUCGGAUUCCUCCACAUGUUCGCCGUCUCUUCGCCGGAGAUCGCACGUCAAGUCCUUCAGGUCCACGACGGCGUUUUCUCGAAUAGGCCCGCCACCGCCGCCAUACGUUAUCUGACGUACGAUCGAGCCGACAUGGCGUUCGCGCACUACGGACCGUUUUGGAGACAGAUGAGGAAACUGUGCGUCGUCAAGCUCUUCAGCCGCAAGAGGGCCGAGUCUUGGGCCUCCGUCCGAGACGAGGUCGAUAAAAUGGUCCGGCUCGUGGAGACUCACUCGGACCAACCCGUGAACGUCGGAGAGCUCAUUUUCUCGCUCACGAGAAACAUCAUAUACCGCGCCGCGUUUGGUUCGGCGUCCGACGAAGGCCAGGACGAGUUCGUGAAGAUUCUUCAGGAGUUCUCCAAGCUUUUUGGAGCUUUCAACAUUGCUGAUUUCUUGCCGUUCCUCGGAUGGAUCGACCCGCACGGGAUAAAGGGGCGAACCAAGAGGGCACGUGCGUCACUCGACCAGUUUAUAGAUACCAUCAUCGAUAAACACGUAGAGAAGAAGAAGAAGAAUAGAAGCACGGGCGACGGCGGUGAUCCGAAUGAAGACACAACUGAUAUGGUUGAUGAAUUGCUUGCGUUUUGUGGCGAUGGAAAUGCCGAAAAUGAGUCGGCCGCUGACCCAAAUAACACCAUAGAGCUCACUCGGGAUAACAUUAAAGCCAUCAUCAUGGAUGUGAUGUUUGGAGGAACGGAGACAGUGGCAUCGGCAAUAGAGUGGACGAUGUCGGAACUUCUCCGGAGCCCGGACGAGUUCAAACAGGUUCAGAGCGAGCUUGCCGACGCGGUCGGGCUCGAGCGGCGCGUGGAGGACACGGACCUCCCGAUGCUCCCGUACCUAAAGUGCGUGGUGAAAGAGACCCUGAGGCUCCACCCUCCCAUCCCUCUCCUCCUCCAUGAGACAGCGGAGGAUGCUGAAGUGGCCGGAUAUUUCAUACCGAAGGGGUCGCGCGUUAUGAUAAACGCCUGGGCCAUCGGCCGUGACCCGGCUUCUUGGGAAGACCCGGAUUCCUUCAGGCCAUCGAGGUUUCUGGAACAAGGGGCGGCCGAUUUCAGAGGGAGCAGCUUCGAGUUCAUCCCGUUUGGGUCGGGUCGGAGGUCGUGUCCUGGCAUGCAACUCGGGCUGUAUGCGCUUGAGCUGGCGGUGGCCAAUCUUCUCCACUGUUUCACGUGGGAUUUGCCGGAUGAGACUAAGCCCAGUGAACUCGACAUGGCUGACAUGUUCGGUCUCACCGCGCCUCGGGCGAGUCGGCUUCUCGCCGUCCCGAGUAAGCGCGUCAUCUACACGCUCUGA